AUGAGCAAGCCAGCCUUGUGCCAGCCUCCUCCACCAACCGUCAGCAUGCAAGGCCCAACUACUCCGCGUCUCUACUUCUAUAUCACCAGAACCAACGGGGCGCUCGUGCCGCUGAUCCCCGCCGACGAACUGCCCCUCGAUGUCAAGCUGCAAGGCGUCCCUCGUGCCCUCAACUCCGACCAGGUCUUUGCUCUUACAUCCGUCGGCGAGCUGCCUUCUACCGGCUUGACGUUCAAACUGGUGGCUUCGACUCAACCUCUCAGCACGCCGGCACUUCGAAGCCCGACCACGCUGGCGUCGAUGACUGCACCAUCUGCCGCCCCUGAUGAAACCACCCGCCGAGCGAUCACAACCACUCACUCCUGCCACUCGUCGUACGACAGCCCCCGCCCAACUCCCGCCGCCCACGAAACAGCAACAACCUGGCGCUCCACCCCGAAACCAACCCCAACCCCAACCGCGCAAUCAAUCAUAAACGCCAUCCUCGACACAGACGCAGGCGCCAGCACCGCCGCCAAAAUCGGCUACAUCCCGGACUCCCGCAAACCCAUCCCGCCCUCUGGCGCGCUGCCCGACCCCGAGAAGAAGACGUACUGCAGCCACUGGAUCCGGCACGGGGAGUGCGAUUAUACGCAGCAGGGCUGUCGGUAUAGACACGAGAUGCCGGACCGCGCGACGCUGUUGAAGAUUGGGUUUCGCGGGGUGCCGAAGUGGUGGGCGGAGAGGAAUGUGGUUGUUAGACUUCCUGCGGAGGGGGAGAGGGGUGGGGGUGCUGCUGGUGAGAGGCCUUUUGGUUGGGCGAGGACGGGGGGGAGAGUGCUUGAUGGGGUGGAUGGGGUUUCUUCUGCUUCGUCGUCGAGGGGGAGCAGUGUGUCUGAGGCUGCGAGUGUGAAGCUCACUGCUGUUCCUGUGGUCCCGCGCGCGGUGAGCAAGGUCACCGCGAGCGUGACGAAGCCCGUCCGCCCGGUUGAGGUCAAAGAGGUGCCGACAAGCGUGCGCGUGGUCCCUUCGGGCAGCAUCGAAGUCGACCUCAUAGACUUUGAGCCGCUCAUCCCAGCACCAGCCCCUGCUUCAGCAUCAGCUCCAGUCGCCUCGUCGUCAAUCGACAAAGCCGACACCGACAACGCUACCCCUUCCCCAGCUUCCAACAGCCACAGUGUCACCACGAGCACUCCCAAGACCAUCCUGAGCCCGAAGAACGCCUUCAUCGCCGCCGGCGAGCACCCCCUCGCUCAAAUCGCCAACGCAGCACAAGCCAAGGCCACGCCUCCCGCUACUUCCUCGCCUCCUCGCCCUACACACCCCGAGGCGAAGACCACCCAGUUGGUUCCCAGGGCUAGGUACAACGGCGGCCUCAUGGCGUCCAGGUUCGCUGUUCCGCAAGGCCCAGCUGGGGGCGCCACGGGGCCUUCGCCGAGGGGCUACAAGGCUUCGCCGAGGUCUGUCACGGCUGCGCAGCGUAAGCAUGCGGCUACGCUUGGGUGUCGGGAUAGGCGGUCGGCGACUGCUUCGGGGUGA